CUUGUUUGGGUGUCGAUCAGCUGGAACAAUAACAACAAAAAACUGCCGAUAAGUGGGCUGCGGGGACGCUUUCACAGACCGGCCGCGCCCCGUGGUGAGCGAGCCGUGGCCCGCAGACUGCUGCGUGGAUGAACACGCGUGGAUUCCGGCUGUUUUAAUUCGCUUUAUUUUGCAUGUUUUGACGGAGCGCUUCCUGCGUGCCCCAACAAAACGAGGGUAAAGAGGACCUGCGGCUAAAGCUAACAUGCUAACUUACCCUGUAUAUCUAUUUGCCACCUAAUUAUUGUACUUUCUCUCUGACUGAUGCUUAGUUUCAAACAUUUACUGAUGGAGAUGAUUUGGGCGCGCGGCGAUGCUUCUGCUUUGUAGAUAUUUCAUGUUGAUAAGCUAACUUCUGUAGGCUGCUCCAAAGUUUUCCUAGCUUGAUAAUUUCGCUCUGUCUUCCAGGUAAAAUAAGAUAAUGUCGCUUUAAGGUUGUAAAGUGCUAGCUUAGCUGCUAACUGGCUCAUUUAGCUGAACUUGUGGGAGUGUUUGUGGUUUUGGGCUAGAAGUUAGCCUGUUAGCAGGGCAGGCCGCGGCCGGACUCUGCUGACAGGAGACACGAAAACAAAAGAUUAGCUUGAUCCUGAGCAAACUCGAUCAUCACCUGCCUUUCUUACCGCCUGCGUCGCUUUAAAAAAAUAUUUAAUAUUUAAUAACAUUUCUCCCUCUCAGCCUGUAGACGUGUGACGUAUUAUGCAAUUAAGCAAUUUCUUCCUGCUUCAGUUGGCAAUUUCAGUUUGGUAGAACAUCCUGUGUUUUUGUUUCAUCUUUGAUCUUCAUUUUUAUUUAGUUCUAGCUUUAAAUUCAAGCCAUAAACAUUUAAACUGUAACCAGCUCUUGAGGAACUGGCCCUGAACCCCUCUGAACACAUCCUGUAAAAAUGUCCCUUUAGCAGCAGAACAUUCUCAGGACUCUGCAGAUGCCAGUAGGAGCUGAUCCAUUCUUCAACCACAGCUUUGCAGUGUGUCACAGCUCAGCACGUCCACAGUCUAGUGAAGGGGGACCAUGUCAGAAACUCUGAUAACGGGGCACACGUCGGAGGAUUUGCUGGCAGAUUUUGAGACAUUGCUGAACUCUGGAGGUAUUGAUUUGGGUGAGGACCAUCAGAUAGUGAUCAUCACCAGCCCCAGCAAUGAAGGACUCCACCCAGCCGCCGCCCCGAGCAGCACAGGGGAGAUCCUGCUGUUUGCCACGCCGCAGGGCCCCGCUGACGUUGGGGUCCAGGACAAGAGACGGCCAAUCCUGGGGAGACCUCCGGUAAAGAGGAAGUUGGACCUGGAUAGUGAUCAUCAGUAUGUCAGCACUACACGACCAACCACAGGCCAAGUUACACCCUCCACACCUGCUCCUCCUAGAGUUCCUCGAAACUCGACGGAAAAGUCCCGCUACGACACGUCCUUAAACCUGACCACCAAGCGGUUCCUGGACCUGCUGUCCCAGUCAGCCGACGGCGUGGUGGACCUGAACUGGGCCUCUCAGGUGUUGGAUGUCCAGAAGAGACGCAUCUACGAUAUCACAAACGUCCUGGAGGGAAUCCAGCUCAUCUCCAAGAAAUCCAAGAACAACAUCCAAUGGCUUGGCAAUCGAAUUGAUGCCAACCUGGUUUCCCGGCACAAGGAGCUGCAGAAGGAAGUGUGCGACCUCACAAAGGCUGAGGAGCAAUUGGAUGAACUUAUUUCUAAAUGCACCCUGCAGCUCCGGCUUCUAACGGACGACCCGCUGAACAAGAAGCUGGGUUACGUGCGCUGUCAGGACCUGAGGAAGUCCUUUGACUCCCCAGACCAGCUGGUUAUGGUGAUCAGAGCUCCCCCCGAAACGCAGAUGCAAGUAACAGAGCCCAGUGAGGGCUACCAGGUGUCCCUCAAGAGCACACAGGGUCCAAUAGACGUCUUCCUCUGUCCAGAAGACAGCUCAGGUGUGUGCAGCCCCGUGACAGGAGGUAGUCCUACACAAGGCAACGCCGACCCGUCCCUCGUCCCGCCCCCCUCACAAGCUGCAGAGCAGCUACUCCCCCAGUGUUCCGCAGCAGCUCUGGAGGUGGGCUUAUCAUCUCCGGCGUCCACCUCAUCUACGGUAACGGCGGCAUCGCAGCAGGAGACGUCGACGCUGACGUUGGGUGGGGACACAGAGUCGCUCCUGGGAGGAGAUCCGUUCUCCAGCCUGGGGGACAUCGGGGACUUUGACCUGUCGCCCCUGUCGUCCUCGGACCUCCUGAACGGAGAAGGCCUUCCUCUCCCGUUGGACGGCUUCAUCAACCUGUCUCCCCCCCAGAACCACGACUACCACUUUGGGCUGGAGGACCACGAAGGAAUCAGUGAACUCUUCGAUUGUGACUUUGGUGACUUGUCGCACGUUUUGGGGGACGGGUAGAGAAAGAACGAGAGGAAGUGGAUAAACUUCAAUCUUUUCCAACGUAGGACUUAAUGUUUCCUCUGAAGGAGAGCUGUGAACCAACGCUUCACGGCACCAUCGGCUUUGUUUUAUUUUUGCUGCGGGAAAUCGAGUAAUCCGCGUCCUGGUUACCAAAUCUCAAAAUGAUUGCCCUUAAUUGUACAUAACAAUAUAAGCACUUCUCUGUGACUGUUUUUCUUUUUAUUUAGACCAAGAUUUUAGCUUUAGUAUAGCUAUUUAAAUUAUUUAUGUUUAUUUUGAUAUUUCGUACCAAGUUUUUUUUUUUUUUUAGAUGUUGUGUUGUCCAAGUAGCCUGUGGGGGGUGGGUGAGUUGCAGCAGCGUCACCUUAAGUUUCCCCAUUACUGAUGAUUAGUUUGCAGUUUUUGCUGAAUCUGGAAUAAGUAUGAACUGUCAGGGACGUUAGAGCGACUUGCUUUUUGAAAGCUUCCCAGCGUUCUGCAGGAUUUUCUGUCAGAACGGGAAGCUUUAUUUUUAUUUUCUUCAUCUAGCAGAAGGUAAUUACAGCAUGGAUGUUUCUCCCAGGCACUGGAAUCCUGAAAAACUGGAUUAUUUCUAAGGUUUGUCAAACCAUUAGACCAAUCAGCUACUUCGACUGCAACCAUUGGACCUCAGUGAAGGUCAACUAGCUGGUUUUAAGGGAGAAAUUAUGCUUGUUUUUACGGUGUGUUUGGGGAAACUGAAGGCUUUAGAGUUGGGCGUAUUCUGUGAUGGGAGCCUUUCUUUUUUCCUAUGUUUACCUUCCGCCAUGGCGUCUUCAGUGGAGAAGGAAAAGCUAAUUUGCGGCGCAGAAAGUGGCGGUGAAAUUAGCACGUCAGCUGUGUUAUAAACGAUGUUUUGGCUCUUUUCGUUCGGCUUGGGGUGAACGUGAACGUCGGCGGAGCCAAGAACGCGCAAUUAUGUGGCAGCCUGUAGUGAUGACCCAUUCAGACCGGCUUAAUAGCACCUUUGAACUAAGAGAUGUGGGAAAAUAAUAGAUUCAUCUUUUAUUCCAGCAGCAUAAUCUCAAACUUUCUUAUUUUAGUUUUAAAACUGGUUUAAAGACCAACAGAGUGGUUGUCGGUACGCGUUUUUAUCUGUCUUCUUAUUCAUCUAAUGGAUGCAGGUCUGGCCAUAGAACCCAUCCCUGCGCCUGUUCAUGGUGACCUUUAGUGCGCCGAACCGCCCAAAUGAGGCUUCGGUGUCCAUAUGUCCUGAGAAAUGUGCUCAUGAGCAGAAUCCGAUGCAGAUGAAAUGCUGAGAAUGUCGACCUUAAAUUGGAAAUGAUUUCAUCCAGGUGGAGGUUUAGUAAUCCCAGCUGCUAAAACACCCGCAUCCCUGCACAGGUCGAUGAACAAGUGGUUCACUGAAGAACCGGGAUUUUUAAAGCAGCUUUAGUCUCAUCUGAGCAAAGCAACACAUCCCAGAUAAAGUUUACGUUUGUGACGGUGGGACUGAGGCGGUUUUCUCUCCGGCAUCCUUACCCAACAGUUGGUUAAAUAGAGUUUAAUCAUUGACACUGAAACCCUGAGAGCCUAAGAUGCAACAUUUUGAUCCGGUAGAGAGAAUCGGUGAGACUUUCUCUCAUCAGCAGCAGGGUCAUCCAUCCUUGUAGCCAUGGAAACGGAGAGUCAUCUGUUGCUAACUGGCAGCUCUUCUAAAUCUGAUCAACUUUAGGGGACUAGUAUAAGUGAAAUACAACGUGCUUAUUGAGAUUACUUCAAAACCGUUAAUUGGCCUUUUUCCUACAAUAAAUGCACUAAAAUCGCUGACCUGUUUUUUUUUUUUUUAUAUUUAAUUUAGUUGGAUUAUGCUUUUGCUUUAAAAGGUUAGAUCAAAGUUCUUCUAUUCCAUCAGCACUUAGAGGUUAGUCCACAGAUCUGGCUGCUGCAGCUGCACUGAUCGCCCUCACCCACCAGGUGUUCAGCCGUAGUCUCAGGUGAGCGGAGCAGAGUGAAGUCUUAAUUGUGUUCCAGAUGGGUUUUAUGUAGGUUCUAGGUAAUCUUUCUGCUGGUGUGUUUUUUCGUUGUUUUUAUAAGCAAGAGUUUGGAUGUUAGAAAUUCACCACAUGCCUGUGGGAUGAAGCCGCCCAGCAGACACCGAGCUUUAAUCGGCGCUCAGGGUGGGUUUGUUGGUCGUUCUGGGUGAAACAAAGCGUUGCUGCAGGUGUUGCCUUUAGGAAACAUGAGGCGCAGGAUUCAGCAGGACAUGGGGACAUACUGUUGUUUUUCAGUAUAUGCACUCAGAUACUUAUUGAUCAUGCCUUAAAUCGUUAUCUAUCAGGUAGUAAGUUUUCCUCUUCUCUCUGAAUGAUCCCUUCAUUCUUGUUUUGUUUUUUUGCUUUGGUUUAUCAAACUGCAGCUUUUUUUAAGCUGCAGAGGUUUGAGAAACUAGGCUUUCAGUUCUGACCAGCAAUAAGACAUUUUCCAUGUUGAUACUUGGAUAUAUACAUUUUUCUCAUGCAAUUUUGUACAUAAAAUCUUUUUUAAGUUAUGUAAGCUAACCUGUUUAAUUUGUUUUAUUUUUGCUUUCUUCAGCGUUGGACUUCAGUCUGUGUUAAUGUAUUUAUUUCUGUUUUGUUUGUUUGUUCUGGAAAAGGGUUUAGUGGGGGAAAAGAUGCUGAUAAAUGUUGUUAAAUCAUUUAGGGACUUUAUUUUGAAAAUGUCUACCUUAUUCUGUGCAUAUUUAUAAUUUCCAAUGUUUUCCCCUCCUUAAUAACAUAUUUCCACCUAUUUUAACCACCAUAUAUGUGCAACUAUUUUAUAGGCUAAUGUUUAAAAAAAAUGAGGUGGAAAUAAGGUAGGAAUUACAAAGAGUUGUAUUUUUUGUAUUAAGUGUGAAUUUUAUUACUUCAUGCUUCCGAUGUUAAAUUUUUUUUUCAGAUUGAUUGUUACAUGUUAAAUUGCUAAUCUAAAGUUGCCCAUGGGCUCUUUAGUUGUUGGUGCCUCAAACUCCUUUCAAAGUGUUAAAUCUUUAUAAUUAUUCUAAUGUUUUAUCUUGAGCUCUUAAAAUCCACCUUUUUUAUUUCAUUUAUUGCGCUUUAAACUUUGAGGCAGCUGAUUUUUUUUUGCAGUCGGCGGCAUCGGCCCUUUGUGCGAUUUGUCACGUUUUUCUUUUCUGCAGGAUUAAGGCGGUGCCUUGUUGAGGUUAAAUAGGUAAUUGUUUUAUGUGUUGUUGUGGUGAAAGAAUGCAUGGCGUGUGGGUCGUGUUGGACAAAGUUUGCACCUUCAGUUAAGAC